CAGUCUUGUUGAUGCUAGCUUCUCGCAUACAAAACCCAGAACCCUCCGUGGAGGUGGGUGGGAGCGCGAGAAGCGCGGCGUCUGCAUCGUAAUUAAAACAUGGCGGAUUCCGAGGAAUUUAGACUUAAACGGUUAAAGAUAUUCUGUGGAAAAAGAUCUAUUGAAAAUGAAACUGGUUUGCACGAGGAGCAGCUGUCCAGAGUGUUUGAUGAAGUGAUGGGGCUGGGAGACUUCGCUGAAUCCUCUAGGGGCUCUGCCACUUCUUCUAAGAGUGGAGGUCAGGAGGAAACGAACACAGUAGAUGAAACAUCAGGACAAGAGGAACAGCAACCGGUUGAAGAAGAGGAUAGCAAUGGCAGUAGACAAGAAGAAAAGAUGGAUGAGGGGGUGGUAGAAUCCCCCUUUCCUCGCAUUUCCUCCCCUCCCUCUGGCCAACCCUCCUCAUUUACCUUGAGAACCAAUGAAGGAGGAGGAGGGAAAGGAGGAGGAGGGAAAGGAGGAAGUGGAGGAAGUGGAGGGGCAGCAUUUGAUGAUGCACUGGAUGGCCUUCCUCUGUAUGGGCCAGAAGAAGAGGAUGAAGAUUGGCACUUUGCCCUGCCAAUGGGCUCCUUGGAGGACGUUGAUGUGGAUAAGGCAAACAGAAAAAAAAGCAAAGCGGACAAGGGGAACAAUUCAAGUCGAGGCGAUCCCUUUACUAAUGAGCCCAAAGGAGGGGAGCAGGAGAGAGAGAAGGAUGAGAGCACAGAGUCUGCCAACACUUCCCACUCCUCCCAGGACAACACACCUGACAACAGCCGAGAUGGUGGUGCCCUGAACGAGGGAGAGGAGACAGAAGACAGUCAGCAGGGAGAGAGGUCAGAAGCAGCUCCGGUGGAGGACAGUAAUCCCCCGAUGUCUCCGACGAUCAAUAUUAAAGAUGAGCCUAUUGAUGAAGGCUACGACGCUGCUUUACUGCCUCAGAGCUCCAUCAGGCAAAUCAAAGAGGAGCUGGAGCAUCAGGAGGAAGAGCUGAGAAUCAGUUCUGUCUACUCUGUAGGAGGAGCAAACACCUUUGUGUCUCCUACUGUGCCAGCGGCAAUCCCUGCCCCACCCCCAGCAGCCAUUUUUAUCCCAGGUAGAGGUACAGUCCUACAAGCUAUGACUCAGCUUCCUGUGAGACCAACAAUUUCAAUCCCGGGUCCAAUACCAGCUUUGGCAGUAGCGCCCCAACGCCCACCUCAGCCUCCUGUUCCUGGUAGUGUUCGCUGCAGUGGCUGCUCUAAGGUUCUUCUAAAAGGCCAAACAGCAUUCCAAAGAAAAGGUUCGACGCAGCUCUUCUGCUCCACAGUAUGUCUGACUGGACAUCUGCCUCCAACCCCCAAGAACAGAUUGUGUUUCCAGUGCAACAGGGAGAUCAUUCAGCCCAGGGACAUGAUCACGAUUCCAGCAGACGAGAACACGUACAUGCACUUCUGUGGCCAGUUCUGUCUGUCUGUCUUUAGACACAAGAAGAAAUAUAGUGAGAAGCCUCUUGACAAACGAGUGGAGAAGAAGCCAGAGAAGCCGCCUGAGAAACCAGUGGAGCGACAGCCUGAAAAACCCUUCUGCAGUGUCUGCAAAGUUACCAAUAAGAUUGAGCAUGAGGUCACCCAUCAAGGUCGUCUGCACAGACUCUGUGGUGAUGCUUGUUUUGUAACAUGGCGCAAGAUGCGUCACUUAGCCAUGAACUGCUGUGAAGGCUGCGGACUUUACUGUAAUAGCAACUCAGGCUCCUGUCAGACUCUCACGGUUGAAAGAUCUCAGCUCAACUUCUGUAGUCCUACUUGCAUUGGCACCUACAAACAGACCUGCAGAAAGACAGUGGACUGUGUCUCCUGUCACAAGAUGGCGGUAGUGUCCGCCACCAUCAUGGAACGAGACCAAAAGGGCAAAGUUCAACUUUACUGUUCACCUCUUUGUGUGGAACAGAGCCGACCACCCCGACAUAUGCUCAGCGGUACUCCAUUCCCAUGCAGCCUGUGCAAGGUGACAGCUGUUCCUCAGUAUCAUCUGGCCAUGGUGGACGGCACCAUUCGUAACUUCUGCUCCUAUGACUGUGUUUCCAUUUACAGGAAAACUGGGCACCCCUCUCAGCCAGACCUGACCAAUGGAACCUUCUCUCUCAGGGACCCCUACAUCAGAGAUGCAAUCAAACCAGGGCCUUCUGCUGGUGCCAGCUCAGUUCCUCCCAUUCCUCAGGACUACCCAUCUUCAGUCCCCUACCAAGGCCAUCAUCCCAGUCAUACCUCAGUGCCCCCAGUCGUGCCUCCCUACAUGGGCAUGUCCUCCCCCUCUGUCCCAGGGCAAGCACUGACCAGAGUGCCCCCUGGUCAGUCCUCCAAAACAACAGAAGGUGGACACAUUGACACCUCCAGACUGACCUGCCAUCAGUGCAGCAAACACUUCAGCAGCAAGCCGACGCUAUUCAGUCACCAAGGUCGCAUUUCUAUGUUUUGCAGUACAACGUGCUGUGAACAAUAUAAAACCCAGAAAAAUAUCCUGGCAGUGUGCGAGUGCUGUAAACGGGAGAAGGUCCCCUUUGAAAUCAUCAGCAACAACCAACAGGAACUCGUCUUCUGCAGUGAAAACUGUAAGAUUCUCUACAAACAUGAGCUGACCUCUCGUAACAAGGAUCAUACCUGGCGUCCCUGCUCCUACUGCUCUAGCAUCAGCCAGAAGAUGCUGCACAGUCAUUAUGGCGGCAAGAUUGAGGAGUUCUGUAAACCCCACUGCAUGUCCCAGUACACUGUGAUCUACUAUGGGAUGGGGAGAUGUGACAGUUGUAGGAAACAGGGCUACAUGACGGAAAAGCUGCAGUGUUUGGGUUCAGUCCGUAACUUCUGUCACCUGCCCUGCCUUCUACAUUACUGCCACCAUCAUUUUGAGACGAGCCAAAACAGCAACAGUAACGGUACUGGAACGGCCCCACAGACACCAUAUGCGCCUACGCAGCCACACCACUCCUCAAAGAUGAAUCCUGUCAUAGCUGAUGUCGUGUCAUUGGCCAGUGGCUCUGCCACUCAGCCUAGUGUGUCAGCAGAUACUGCUCAGACUGGAGCACUUCCAACCUCCAUUGACGGCAAGAACCAUGACCAUGCGAGUACACAGACUGACGCCAUGCGUGUGCCUGUGUCCCGUCGGCGUCAAAUGAAGAACAAGUCGGUUCUGUGUCGCCCCUUCACUAUGGACCAAGAGACUAUGUGCCAGCUGCCCACAUCUUCCACUGAAUCAGAAGCUCAGUCUUCACCCUCAGUGACCACAUCAGCCAGAGAGGAGAAUGUGAGGGUGAUAAUGGUACCAGUCCCAGUUCCGGUCUUCAUUCCAGUGCCUAUGAAUAUGUACUCCCAGUACACACCUGUACCGAUGGCAAUGCCCAUGCCUGUUCCAGUACCCAUCGUCGUACCACAGAAGAACAAGGACAUGAAAGAUGCAGCUGUCCAAUCAGAGCCUUGGGAUUUGAAGAAGGAAAAACACAGUGAUCAGCCAGUUUCCAGUGCAGACCAGAGCAGUUCCAGCGCAGACGUGGAGUCACAAGUGGUCGAUCCCAUAAUCCAUGAAAAGGAGGACACUCUAAAAGCAGUUGAAGCCGAUCUGCCUCUAACUGUAAGUUCAGAAAGGAGCACAGGGCCUGGUGAACCCCAGCUUGAUGUCAAGCCAGAGAGCACGACCACAAGUGACCCGCCGACCACCAGUGGCGAGCAUCAACCUCCCUCCUCUCCAGUGAUGGACUUGGAGACGGACUUCCCUUCUGUAUCAGUUGGUCAGAAGUCGACUGCUCCACAGCGAGGAGUGAAGAGACCCAGAGAAGGUUUCCCUGGCCGGAAACGGGGACGAAGGCGGACUGUUUUGGACCGCAGUGCACUGGAACCGCCCGUCGCCUCCAAACUGAACCACCUGUAUGGGGUUAAAGCCUGGAAGUGCUGGGUCCAACUGCGCAACAAACAGCCACAACAGUCCACUCUAGUGGAUAUAAAAGAAGACAUCCUUCAAUGUGACUCUGCUGAGCUGAGCUUUGCUCUGUCUCGCUUCAUCAGAGAAGUGAGACGGCCCAAUGGAGAGCCCUACAGCCCAGACAGCAUCUUCUACCUCUGUUUGGGGAUACAACAGUAUCUGUUCAUGAAGGGCCGCAUAGAGAACAUCUUCACUGACGAGCUCUACAGUCAUUUUGCCACUGAGAUCACUGGGAUGCUGCAGUUCUGGAAGCCUAAACUACUACCUAGUGGUGGUAUCGUUUCCUCCCGUGUUGAAGAGUCCUACCUGUGGGAGUGUAAGCAGCUGGGCGCGUACUCACCCAUAGUGCUGCUCAACACGCUGCUCUUCUUCUGCACCAAAACUUUCCACUUAACUACGCUGGCUCAGCACCAAAGUCUCUCCUUUGUCAACUUCACUCGACGCUCCAAACCCUGCAGCCGAGCCGGAAGGGUCCACUACCUCCAGUACCAGAGAAGCAGCUCUGCCACGCCCAGCCAGGAAGACACAGAGCGGCACAGAAGAAGGCAGACGGACAAUGAUGGAAGCAUGGAAAUGCUGGAAAAUGUCACCAACCCUCUCCACUGUCCCGUCAGACUCUACGAGUUCUACCUCUCUAGAUGCCCAGAGUCGGUGAAGAAGAGAUCGGAUGUGUUUUACCUCCAGCCUGAACAGAUUGUCCACACAAACAGUUCACACUGGUACACUACUCAGCCAUUAGAGGGCGCCACUCUACAGAGCAUGCUCACACGCAUCUUGGCCGUCAGGGAGGUGAACCAGGCGCAGGGAGCAGCCCAGCAUCAGUCCUCCGCCACCACUGAAGACAGCAGCUUACAGUGAGAUUAAACCUGUCUGAGUCCACAUGAGCCCACGCCCAUCAGUCACUUCAGACUGUGAAAUGGUGGUGUUCAUGAACGGAACCCCACCACCAGGCUUAGAAAGACCGAACAAACUUUGAUUAAAAAAAAGACUCUUUCAUAAAGAGACAUUUUAAGAACUGGGAUAAUUGUAUUUAGUAACCUCAGUGGCCACCUCCUCCUCAUAUAAAUACAUGAGUUUACACACUGAUAUCGUCAGUGAUACUGUUGAACAUGGAAAAUGGAAAGUUUAGGAGUGCAUUGUUAUUGCACAUGUGGUGGGAAUUGAUCUACUACCUGUAAUGGUGAAGGCCGAACAUGUCAGAUGUACCGUUUAUCACAAGAUCAGACCAGUGAAAACAGUCAGAGCUGCUGUGAACAAUGAGAGGGCUCUUUUAUUGUCCCUCUGUAUUUGUUCAAGUUUUGACCAGAGCUUUUAAGGCUGUUACUAGUUUUUUGAGAUGAAUCAAAACCUGAAAGAAAGACAUUUUGAGCAGGUUUGAUUUUUCGGUCGUGUGUAGCUACACAAAACUUCACGUCACUGGUUUAGGUGAAGCCCCUCCGACAGAAAUCCAUUGGAGAUUUGACAAAUUAAAGAUUUAAUAUGUAAUUAAAUCUGCAUCAAAUUCAUCUCAUUAGAGGUGGAAGAUAUCUGGCAUUUGAAUAAAAGCCAAUAUGUAAUAUGUUGGUAAAUCAAUAUAUAUACCAGUGUAACCCUUUUUGUAAUGAGACUCACAGUGCCUCUCAUUUUUUGUUCUUUCAUUUUUAACAAUUUAUCACUUAUUAUUUUCUUCCUCUUUUAUAUUCUUCAUCCUUUGUGGCCUUAUUUCUCUUCUUCUGUCUUUCACUUUCAAUCUUGACAUGAGUUUGUCCCCCUGUUUUGCCUCCAGGGUUUCCUCCGAUCCUCUUAUUCCCUCCAGCAGUGGUGUAUGUAUAGCUGUAUGUACGUCUUCUUUCAUUCCCUUUAUGUCUCUGUCUAACUAACAGUGCCAUCGUUUUCUCCUCUGGGACGUUAUACCCUCUCUUUGUUUUACUUUUUUCCAAUUUGUGUUUCUUCUUUAAUUGGAGGAAAUUGGUUACGGAGAUUUGAAAAAAACAGCACACAACUCAAAUAACCCAAACGCCUGAGGUUUCCCAUAAUAUAACAUGGUCUAUAUGAUUUAUGGUGUAGUAUGGUUCUCAUUGACUAUUGAUUUGUUGUAUAUUGGAUUAAAAAUCAUAAAAUCUCAAAAGAAAUGUCUCGUCAGAAUUCUGCCGGUUGACCAGAACAUCCCUGAUCUAAAACAUAUAUUACUAUGUUGAGAUUUCCCCAAAUAAAUAACCAUUUGUUCUUUUUUUGUGAUGAGAAAUACUCCUUUGUUGUUUUUGUAUGUUUUGUCAUGGAGGUCAAUGUGCCUUUACUUUUGCCUCAUGCUCACAUUUGAUAUAAAAUCCAUGUUACAGUCUAGAGGAGAUAAGAGCACUACACCUCACUCCAGUGCUCCACUGUCACUGAUGGUGAGCCAUCGGCUGGAUUCAGACACAACAUACUGGACCACCCUGUCGCUGCUGCUCUCUGAAACGCCCUCAGUAGAUUGUUCAGUAAGACAAAGACAGUGGAAUGCUUUAUUGUCCUGCACAAAAUGCUGAGUCUCCAUCAAGUAUUACAUUUCAUCUUAUUCCUUCUUUAACUCGGUUGCAAGGUGGAGGAUUACUAUUGAAAGCACGAUGGAAAUGAAAUGUGAUGUUGAAAGUGUCAUUGAACUUUGUGCAUUUUUGAAACAUCGAUUUAUAAAAUGUGUAAAGUUUGAA